UUUUACCCCAUUGAAGCAGCUCUGACUGAUUAACCCUGUGGACAGGAAAGCAUGGCAAAGAAGGUGGCAGUGAUUGGAGCUGGCGUCAGUGGCUUGGCCUCCAUACGGUGCUGUCUGGAAGAGGGGCUGGAGCCCACCUGCUUCGAAAGGAGCAAUGAUGUUGGAGGCCUGUGGAAAUUCUCGGAACAUGCAGAAGAAGACAGAGCCAGCAUUUACCCGUCUGUAUUCACCAACUCUUCCAAGGAGAUGAUGUGCUUUCCGGACUUUCCGUACCCUGAGGAUUACCCCAACUUCAUGCACCAUGGCAAGCUCCAGGAAUACAUAAGGACAUUUGCUGAAAAGAAGAAUCUUUUAAGAUAUAUACAGUUUGAGACCCUGGUUUCCAGUGUAAAGAAAUGUCCCAGCUUCUUAGUUACUGGCCAAUGGGAAGUUGUUUCAGAAAAGAACGGGAAGCAGGAAUCAACUAUUUUUGAUGCUGUAAUGGUUUGUUCGGGACAUCAUGUGUACCCCAAUCUGCCAAAUGAUUCUCUUCCUGGCCUAGACCAGUUUCAGGGCCACUACCUCCACAGCCGGGAGUAUAAGGGCCCAGAAGCCUUCAAGGGGAAGAGGGUCCUUGUGAUUGGCCUGGGGAACUCGGGAUGUGACAUUGCUGUGGAGCUCAGUCGUCUGGCUACACAGGUCAUGAUCAGCACCAGAAGCGGUUCCUGGGUCAUGAGCCGGGUUUGGGAGGAUGGCUAUCCUUGGGACAUGGUGUACAUUACCCGGUUUGCAUCCUUUCUCCAGAAUGCCCUUCCUUCAUUCCUCUCUGACUGGCUAUAUGUGAAGAAGAUGAACACAUGCUUUAAGCAUGAGAACUACGGCCUGAUGCCUUUAAAUGGGGCCCUGAGGAAAGAGCCUGUGUUCAAUGAUGAGCUCCCAUCACGCAUCCUGUGUGGCACACUGUCCAUCAAGCCUGGUGUGAAGGAGUUCACAGAGACCUCAGCCGUGUUUGAGGAUGGGACCGUGUUUGAGGCCAUUGACUUUGUCAUCUUUGCAACAGGCUAUGCAUACGCCUACCCCUUCCUUGAUGACUCCAUCAUCAAGAGCAGAAACAAUGAGGUCACCUUGUUUAAAGGCAUCUUCCCCCCAAUGAUGGAGAAGCCAACCUUGGCCGUGAUUGGCUUUGUCCAGUCCCUUGGGGCUGCCAUCCCCACAGCAGACCAGCAAGCCCGCUGGGCUGCUAAAGUGUUUGCAAACUCAUGUACCCUGCCAACAACAAAGGAAAUGAUGGAUGAUAUUGAUAUGAAAAUGGGGAAGAAACUUAAGUGGUUUGGACAAAGCCAGACUUUGCAGACAGAUUACGUCACAUACAUGGACGAGCUGGGCUCCUUCAUAGGGGCCAAGCCUAACAUGCCAUGGCUCUUCCUGACUGAUCCCCAGCUGGCGCUGCAGGUGUUCUUUGGUCCUUGUAGCCCAUAUCAGUUUCGACUCAUGGGACCAGGAAAGUGGGAGGGGGCCAGAAAGGCCAUCUUGACCCAAUGGGACCGGACAGUAAAGCCAAUCAGGACAAGAGCAGUCAGUGAAGCUCACAGACCACAACCUUUUUACAACUUGUUUAAAAUUCUCUUAUUUCCACUGCUUCUUCUACCUGUUUUGCUUGCACUUUAUUAAUGAGAGAGUUCUUGGGUAUCAGAGUUCAGCCUAGAAGUUCAAUUACUGAUAUGCCUAUACAUGUACACGUAUAAAAUCUCAUACCUGCUCUUUCCCUUGCCGUAGAUGUAAAAAUGAAUUCUGGCCCAUUUGACUCAAAGUCCAAAUAAUGAAAAAUACUCAGCAUCUCCUUUUUCAUGAGAAUCUAGACUCUAAAAGGCUUAAUUGGCAAGUUUAGAGAUGCUCAAGGUAAAGAAGAUGGGACAGUAAAUGGGAGGGCAGCUUUGUAGGCUGAACAAACUUCAAUGAACAUUUUAAAGGGUGUUUUGUCAUGGGGAGAAUUGAUAUCACAGCUAUGUUGAGUCUUCCAACCUAUGACACACUAUAUAUUUCCAUUUAUUUAGAUCUUCUUUAAUUUCUCAGUAGUAUUUUAUAGUUUUUAGUGUAUAAGUCUUACCCUUCUUGUUUCAGAUUUAUUCUAAGUAUUUCAUGGGAUGUUAUUAUAAAUAGCAGUUAAUUUUUUAAUUUGCUACUGUUUAUUGCUAACAUAUAGAAAUGCAAUAUCUGUUCUAUGAACUUUUAUGUAGAUUCCAUAAUACUUUCUACAUAGAUGAUCAUCUCUAAAAAUAAAGAUAGCUUUUGUUCCCUCCCAUUCCAAUUUGGGUGUUUUUUUAUUUCUUUUUCUUGCCUUAUUGCACAGGAUAGAAACUCAAGUAAGUUGAGUAGAAGUGAUGAGAUCAGACAUCCUUGCCUUAUUCCUGAUCUCAAAAAUAAAGCAUUCAUUCAGUCUUCUAUCGUUAAGUACAAUGUUAGCUAUAAAUUUUUUCACAAAUUACUUUUACGUUGAGGAAGUUUCCUUUAAUUUCUAGUUUGCUGAUAAUUUAUAUCAAGAAUAGAUGUUGGAUUUUUUGUCUAAUGCUUUUUUUCUGCAUCAUUGAGAUGACAGUAUCAUUAAUAAUUUUUAGUUUAUAAAUAUAGUGAAUUCAUUGACUAUUAAUCCAACCUUGCAUUCCCGAAAUACACCUUUCUUGGUCAUGAUAUAUUAUCUAUCCAUCUAUACAUAUAAAAGCUUAAGCAACCGAAUGACCCAAUGACCCAACAACCGAUCGACCGGUUGCUAUGACACACACUGACCACCAGGAGGCAGAUGCUCAACUCAGAAGCUGCCCCCUAGUGGUCACUGCACUCCCACAGCCAACCUCCUGUGGCCCCUCCCCCUGGCCAGCCAGUCCUGGCGCUAAACCAUUCAUAGAGACCUGCUUCUGGGUCAGGGUUUCAUACGUAGCAGAGCAGCUCCCUCACUGCAAUCUAUUGAAAAUCAGCCCUUGAGCCCUGACCGGUUUGGCUCAGUGGAUAGAGCGUCAGCCUGCAGACUGAAGGGUCCCAGGUUCGAUUCUGGUCAAGGGCAUGAACCUUGGUUGCAGGCACAUCCCCAGUGGGUGAUGUGCACGAGGCAGCUGAUCGAUAUUUCUCUCUCAUUGAU